UCAGCCCGGCCCGAUCCCCCCGCCAGCCCCGGCCCGGGACCCCCGGCCUGACGCUCCCUGCUGGCGGCGACACGCAGCGGUGGGGAGCCCCUCAGCCCUGCUCCUCGCUGGCGCUGCCCAUCCUGCGGCCCUGCAGCAGGACAUCGGGACAAGUCACCAGGACACUCCCGCAGCCUGCCGGGCAGGGCAGGGAUCCUGCGGCACCUGGCUGCAGUGCAGCCUUGUGCGGCCGCGGGCAGCGGCGACAGGCAGCAGCCAGCGCGGCCCCGUGCUCCCACGCCACGGCGCAAGGGGGGAGUUUCUCCUCCUUUGUCUGCGCCCGGCCAGGCAGCAGCCGGUGCGCGGCAGCGCCGGAGCAGCCGGGGAAGGGCCUCGGCAGGAGCCGCGGAGCACGGCGGCCGCGGUCCCCUCUGCCUCGGCACAGCCACCGGCCCGGCCUCGCUGCGCUGGGAGCGAGCAGCGAUCCCGGGGGAGUCAAGCUCUUCAUGACGGGAACCCGACCAGGCAGCGGGGACGGCAGCUGCGCCCGGGGACGGGGAGGACGGCAGCAGUGGGGACAAGGACAGCAGCGCCCCGUCCCCACCCCCGGCGCCCGCCGUCGGCCAUGGGGAACGGCAUGAGCCAGAUCCUUCCUGGCCUCUACCUUGGGAACUUCGUUGAUGCCAAAGACCUGGAGCAGCUAAGCCGGAACAAGAUCACCCACAUUGUUUCAAUCCAUGAAUCCCCCCAGCCUUUGCUGAAGGACAUUACCUACCUCCGCAUCCCCUUGCCUGACACCCCUGAAGCCAACAUCAAGAGGCACUUCAAGGAAUGCAUCAGUUUUAUCCAUCAAUGUCGCCUGCAUGGAGGGAACUGCCUCGUCCACUGCCUCGCUGGCAUCUCCCGCAGUACCACCGUGGUCGUUGCCUACGUCAUGGUUGUCACGGAGCUGAGCUGCCAGGAGGUGCUGGAUGCCAUCCGAACCAUCCGGCCCGUCGCCAACCCCAACCCCGGCUUCAGGCAGCAGCUGUCUGAGUUCGGCGGCAGCGCAGCCCGCAAGGUCCGCAAGCACCUGAAGCAGAAGUAUGGGAUGUCCCCUUUCAAUGACGAGGAAGAAAUAAAGGCCUUGCUGCCAGUAGGGAGAGAAGGAACGUCCAAGACAGAGGGAGCUGUGCAAGGACUGGUCCCAAGAUCCAGAGACAUGAGGAGCACAAGUCCCUUCCUGCUGCGGGUGAAGAGGACGUUCUCCUGCAUCCCGGCUUGUCUGAAAUCCCCCGGGGCCUGCGUCACCAGGCGGCUGCCACACCACAUGAAAUCCCCGCCGGCCGAUAAAGCUUAUCCCGGCGGGCUGGGGCUGAACAAACCAGCCGGCAGCUGCGAUUAUCUCCCGGCCUUGGAUGUAAUCAGUGCAAGCCACGGGGAGGCUGUGCAGAGACUCCUUGCCAUCGCUCUGCUUCCCAAUGCAGAAAGGGGAGAUGUGGAUUCUCUGCCGGGUGCCUGUGUUGAGAAAUACACCAAGUGCAGGUAUCUCGCCAGAACCGGCGGCGUGGGCCAGGAAAAGGAAAGCGAAAGCAGGAGCCGCUUUCGGUUUCGCCGCCGGGCCGCGAUGGCGGAGCCGGGGGCGCCCAUGCGGCUGAAGGAGUGGCUGAUCGCGCAGAUCGACAGCGGCCGGUACCCGGGGCUGCGCUGGGAGAACCGGCACCGAACGCUCUUCCGCAUCCCCUGGAAGCACGCGUCCAAGCAGGAUUACCGGCAGCAGGAGGAUGCUGCGCUCUUCAAGGCUUGGGCUGUCUACAAGGGGAAGUACCACGAAGGGACGGACAAGGCCGACCCCUCCACCUGGAAGACGCGGCUGCGCUGCGCUCUCAACAAGAGCACUGACUUCCAGGAGGUGCCCGAGCGGAGCCAGCUGGACAUCUCCGAGCCUUACAAGGUGUACCAGAUCGUGACUGACAGAGCCUGUGAUGCAGAGGACAGUGACACACAGUCCCCAGACAGUGAGGACCAGCAGGGCAGUACUGCAGGGAGUCUGAAGGAGGAAAGCCAGAAGGACGUGGAGAGUGCCCACGUGUCUCCACAGCCCCGGCUCUCUGGCCACCCAACUGAGCGAGGGUGCCUUGUGAGGGGAGUCUUCUAUGGCUGGAACCCGACCCAUGGCCAGCUUCUUCCCAGACCCCCAUCCUACCUCCCUGUGGAGGAUGUCAAUAAUUCAGACUGCUGGCUCCACAUCCGCCUGUACUACUGCGAUGUGCUGGUGAAGGAGGUGACCACUCGCACGGCCGAGGGCUGCCGCAUCACCACCAGCGCCGUGCCGGCUGACAGCGAGCACCUCUACGGCCCCUCCUGCAUGGAGCAGAUAAAAUUCCCCCCACCACAGGUGCUCAGUGGCCACGGCCACGUGGCCUGCAUGACUGAUGUGCUGGAGCGGCUCUUGCCCCACCUGGAGCGUGGGGUGCUGCUGUGGGUAGCACCUGAGGGGGUCUUCAUGAAGCGCCAGUGCCAGGGCAGGGUGUACUGGAACGGGCCGCUCGCCCCGCACAAGAACUGGCCCAACAAGCUGGAGAGGGAGAGAACUUACAAGCUGCUGGACACACAGCAGUACAUACAGCAGGUGCGGGAGUACCUGAGCAACGGGCAGAUCAUGCCACAGUACCAGAUCUACCUGUGCUUCGGGGAGGAAUACCCCACCAGAGCUGGGCACCCCUUCCAGAAGCUCAUCAUGGCUCACGUGGAGCCAGUGUUCGCACGGGAGCUCUUCCAUCAUGCCCAGCGCUUGAGGCCGACGCUGCUCUGCAAUUCUCCCCAGCCCUGUGCCCCUGGCACCUCCAGCCAUGUUCUCCAUGUCCUCAAACAGCUCUGCCAGCCCUGAACUGGGUGGGAGAGAAGAGCCCAGUUGCUAUAAAGUCUCAGAGUGGGAGGCUGUGAGCCCCAUGGCCCCACUCCAGCUGCAUGUCCCAAGGCAGAGUGCUCAGGAUGCUCAGUGUGCAGGACCAGACAAGGACAGACGUUAGCUGGGGUGGGCAGGUGCUGCUGCCCCUGUGAUUGCUGUAUUUAUUCACCAGGAGUCCCCCAGGUGGGAUUUGUUUUGUGCCUAUUCAGCAAGCCAGGGCAGAUCUGGCUCUGUCUUUGAACCUUGCGCUACCAGGACUCGCUGUUGCAAACCUU